AGGACAGUCUCUAUAUAAACAUGGAGAACCAGAGCUGCGCAAGGAAUUCAAAAAGACCGGGGGGAACGGAACUUAUCUUGGAAAAUGUGUAAAGGAUUAGCUGCCCUGCCCCAGACAUGUCUGGUGAGGGCUAAGGAGAUCAAGAGUAAAUUAGGAAUCCUCCUCCAAAAGCCAGAAAAUGCCAUUGACCUGAUUAUCCCCUAUCCUGAGAAACCAGAAAAGAAGCCAGAGAAGCUUCAGAGACCCACCCCCGAAGAAGCUGCCCACUGGCGUGAAUCUCUGGAUCAAGUUCUGGCCAAUGACUAUGGUGUGGCCACUUUCAGGAGCUUCCUGAGGUCUGAGUUCAGUGAGGAGAACAUUGAGUUCUGGGCUGCUUGCGAGGACUUCAAGAAGACCAAGAGCCCCAUGAAGAUGGCAACCAAGGCCCAAAAGAUCUAUGAGGACUUCAUUCAGACUGGUGGACCCAAGGAGGUGAACAUUGAUCAUGUCACCAAAGACGUGACCCUGAGGAACCUCGUUGACCUGUCCCCUGCCACCUUUGAUCUUGCCCAGAGCCGCAUCUUCACUCUGAUGGAGAAGGACUCCUUUGGCCGCUUUCUGAGAUCUGAGAUGUACCAGGAGCUUCUGAUCUAAAGCUCUGUCAGGGUUGCAGGGAGACCAAGUCAGGUUGCCAAACCCAACAGAUCUUACCUGACAACCAAAAAAGGCCCUUUACCAGAAUUUGGUUUUGAAAAAAGAAAUCUGAUCUAUUCCUGUGAAGAAAGGAAGACAAAACGACAAUGAAAUGUUCUGAUGCCACUUUGACUUUCACAAUUGGUAAAUCACACUGGUGGGGAACAUUUCCUGAUCAUUAAAUUAUUCCUCUUGCAUAUUCAGCAAAACUGAAUUCAGUUCUGAAAUUGACCUUUUGUCUCCCUGCAGCUUUCUAAAAUCAGCUUGAAAAAUCACACAGAGAAGAACAGAAAUAACACAAUAUUGGAUAAAAUGGGUGUAUUUGUGUUUGGAUGAUUUGACCCCAAUUUUAUUAUGUUUUCCCAAUUAAACGGAGCAUUCAAUACAUAUCCAGUAUAUUCACGUUCACUGCAUCACUUCUGACAGCAGCAUUUGACAUUAACCCGCCAUUAACCAGCUUUACACCCACUAAUGGAAAUAAGAUAUUUCAUAUUCACCCUUUUAGUCCAGAAACAGGAGAAGGGACUCACUUAAAAGAGAAGAAGCCCCCAGAGAUUACUAUACUUUCAUCAAGAAGCUUUAUAUUUAGAGUGGGAAGCAGGAAAUGCCUUUUUUCAAAGGCAAGUUUAAUAUUCACAGAGCCAUACAGUAGAUACACACACACACACAAACACACACACACACACACACACACACACAACAAUAACAACAUGAGUAAUAAGUAACCUUGAAGAAAGCCUCUGGCCUUUGAAUAGCCACUCUGGGACCAGAGAAGAGAGAUUUGUGUUGAGCGCCUAUAGCGCUGCACUGCAAGUUGCUGAGAUGGGAAUAUCAAGUAGGAACCGAUCUUGACAGAGAACUGGGUAGAUUUCAAACAUGCUGACAUGUUGGUCCUCAGGAAACAUUUGGCCAUAUAUUCCAACAUAGUCCUAUUUAUUUUCUACUGAUACUAUAGGCCUACUAACUCAACUGUAUGGUGUUGUUUCCCCGCCUCCCCUUUAUCUCCUCAGUACCGUAGUGUAACUGAUUGUUCUUUUGGGACAUACUAAAGCCUUAGCCUGAUCUCUAAAAUCCUUUGUUAGCGUGAUCCAGUAUAAUUCUCCUAAUUAAGAGGAUUUAAGGCAUGUGUCAGGGCAUAAUCAAUCAUUAUAAAACUAUUAUAUGCCCAAUGUUUACGAUUAUAUAUGUGUGUGGUCUCUUUAUACCAUAUCUGAAGUAUUUCACAAUAUAUUAUAUAUCCUUAGCACUUAACACUAUCUUAAGUCCUUACUAUUUGCCUACUCACUUCAAAAUAAUUGAACUCUGCGGGCCACGAGUUCACAAUUUGGACUAUUCUGCUGUUUCCUUUUAACUCCUGUUACCUUUCAAAAAGGAAGUACCAAGCCCGUAGGAAUGCCUCCCCACUGAUAUUUUCACUUUAAAGUUAAGAUAAUUAUUUGAUGUAAUUGGCCAGUGUUACUUUCCCCCAACAUAAACGUUUUAAUAUUUACAGUCAAUGCAAAAAAUUGCAUCGACUGCAUUCUCAACUUUCUGAUUAUUUACUUCGAUAACGAUGCCAAAAAAACAAAUAAUGAGGACUUAAUUUGUGCUGAUCACUUUAUAUUUGACGUAGAAUGUGCAUGUAUUUUGUGUAGCCAACUAUAUAUAAAAUGCAUCAAUACAUUAAAUAUCUGAGGAUGUAUUUAUUUUUCUAUGUAAAUAUCUAUGGUAUGGAGGAAUUAAAUUCUAAGUUAUUCAAUAAUGCGGCGCUUUAUUCACUACUGUCUGAGGAUGAAUCCAUCCCAGAACAGCAUGGCAAGAUCAUGUCAUUCUUUCACUGUCAUAAAUGCAAAAAUAAUAUA